GCGCGCGUCUGGUGCUUCAUUAAUUCUGUACAUUCGCUGGAUUUCGAUGGUGGCUUGACGCAACACAGAUUGUGAUAUUACAAAAUGAAAUGGCAUCAGCUAAAUGUACCGCAUCCUACAUCCACUGCUCCAUCGCUCCAUGGAAAACAUCCAGGCUCUAGCGUUUCUCAAGAUUGGUCAUUGCUAGGAAGCCAGGUGCCGCCAUGGCUUCACCCAUAACUCCGGAAGACGAACGCAUGCAGAAGAGCUUGCUCGACCAGCUGUUGCUUUUGAAGCUGCAGUUUGAUCCAUCGAGACUCAGCGAGAUCUUGUUGAAAAUAUCUCUCCUUUGCGAACAAGAUGCUGUGGCUUCCACCCUGCAGGAGUACCAUGCCCAUGCCCAGGUACUGCAAGUGAUGGAUCAGCACACCUACAAUGCAGAUAUACAAGAGGCUGGUUGUACUGCUCUAGCAGCUAUGAUGCAAGUUAGUGAUAAACUCAAAGAUCUUGUUCACAAGAAAAACAUCCACAGCCAAGUGUUAGAUAUCAUGGGUCAGCACAAGGACGAUCCCAAGGUCCAAGCAUCUGCGAUGAAAACCAUUGCCUUUUUGGCCAUGGCAGAAGACACAUGCAUAGCCAUGUUGGAAGAGGAUGUGAUAGGAGCCAUUUUAGAAGCCAUGAAGCUGUUCCCAGGUGACGCUCCGGUUCAGAAGAAUGCUUGUAAUGCCCUCAAGCAGUUGCUCACAGACGAAUUUGAUCGUCAGGUUGAGUUUGUUGACAUGGGCAAGCAUAGAUUGAUAACGGCAGCCGUCCAUUUCCACUGCGAAAACCAUGCAGUACUGGAGGAGGCAUUCUGGCUCCUUGCUAUACUAGCCAUCCCUGAGGAGUGUUAUGAUGUCCUACUUCAAGAGACCCAUAAGGAUAUCAUAGCGGCCAUUAAGAGGUUCCCAGAUGCUGUAGAAGUGCAGACUGCUUGCUGUGCUCUCAUUGAGGCUUUAGCUCAAACAGAGGACAGCCAGCAGCUCUUUGUACUGAACGAUGUCUCGGAUCUCCUCAUUGAUGCCUUACGAAGGUUCUCAGACAACGCCCGAUACCUGACGAUAUGCCUUAGUGUCAUGGAUAGACUAGCGGAAGCCAUCUUCACAGCUCCAAAGUGGUUAGAUAGGAUGCUGAAUGAUAACUGGAUGAAUGAAACUUUUAUGGCGCUGACUAAACAUCAGGAUUCACCACCUUGCCUGGAAAAUGCUUUGAGGGCAUUGACAACUCUGGUCAGUUAUAGACCCGGCAUGCUUGUGGAAAUGAUCACGGAAGAAAGUGCAAGUAUGGCUGUAGAUAGUGCAGUACUGAUGAGUCUAAGACUUCAUUCUAAGAACAGUAAAAUCAUCUUUGAGAUGGCCUGUGAUGCCAUCCAAGCACUGGCUGAAAACUCUGAUACCAUGCAGAGGAGUUUGGUUGAGAAGGGAGUUUUGAUUGAUAUUAAGUCAGGAAUGUUGACAUAUUCUCGGAGCCAUGAAUGUCAAGCCGCCGCCAGCAGAGCCAUCAGAGGACUAUGUCUUUUUGUCGAGGACCGAGACGAUUCCAUUCACCUAGUGAACCAACAGGCUGUGACUGAAGCAGGCAUACAUACCUUACUCUUUAAUGCUAUUAGGGGAUUCUCAGACAAUGGAGACGUGCUCCUGGAUAUCGUUAACACCAUUACAUGUCUUGCUGAUAUGGAUGUUGUGAAGCAUCAGUGUAUGGUCGAAGGCAUCCAUGAGGUCAUCCUAGAAGGAAUGGAACAAUACCAAGAUGACCCCAACAUCCAGGAACUCUUCCUAGAAACAAUGGUAGUCCUCUCAUCAGCAGAGGGAAUGAUUGACAUUCUUGUUGAUGCUGGGAUCCUCUCGCUCACUGUUGAAGUCAUGGAGAAGUACAGUCAGAUUGAAGCUAUCCAAGAGAAUGGCACCAUCUUGCUACAGACCAUUGUGAACAAGAAGAAGUCUAUUUGUGAUGACAGGCUAGCUGAAAAGAUUGCUAAGGCAGUCAUUAGCUCUAUGAAGAAGUUCAGAAAAGCACCUACAAUUCUGGCAGAGAGUUGUGUUGCCAUGCAGUUCCUAGCAGAUAUAUCCCAGGAAGUCACAAAGACGCUGGUCAAUUACAAUGCACAUGAAGAGCUUUUCCACAUACUAGAGGCUUACAAAGAUGACGAUACUCUUGUGAACCUGGUUUGUGAGUGUCUGUAUAUCCUAUGCUGCAAGUGGGAGUUCACAGAUCAGAUGUUACUCUGGGCAUGCAAGAAAAAUCUCAUGAAGGGAGUAGAGGUUCUGGUUGAGUUAGGUGCUGAUGUCAACGCUGGUGAGGGUUAUGAAACACCUAUGUGCUUUGCUUGUGAGAACAACAAUGUAGAUAUGGUCAAGCAAUUACUCAAACAGGGCAUCAGCGACUUGCACACGCCACUCAGUCUUAGCCUGAAGUUGAAACACCACCACAUCAUCGGUCUGCUUCUCUAUCAGAUGGGAUAUGAUAGACAAGCUGGAUCCUUGACCUGGAGUAGUCUUGGCCUAGUGAGUUUGAACCCUGAGUGGCUGUACAAAGUUUUCCUUGAUGAGGAACCUCCAGACCCUGACAGUUCAAAUGUCUCCGGCCUCACCGAGGCGGACAGCGGCAACAGCUCCAUCAUCGCCAACAAGAUCCUGAUGAAGCGAGAGUUGCGACAGCAGCGGCUCAAGUUCCAGGAGCAGCUGGCGAAGAACGACUUCACCAAGGUGCUGAAGUGGACGUUCUCAACUGCUUCACUGCCCAGUCCUGGUGGACCACGCAACCCCCUCCCCCCGGUCCCUGUCAGGAGGAUUCAGAGUGAAGUGCAGCAGCCCACACCGUCUGUCAUCAUUUCGGCUGCACAGUCACGACCAAACUCAAUGAUUGAGACCAAAGAACUUAGCCUAUUGGAAAGAAGAGCAAGCGACAUUAAUCCUCCAAGGUUGCUUGUGGAGUCUGCCAAAUUGGAAGGUUUUCUUCGUCGAGGCAGCGACCAAGGUGGAAGCACAGCAACGCUGAUGCCGUGUGGUGCCUCAACGCCUCAACCCCAGCGCCGUCCCCUCUCCGUCCCCGUCGGUUCCACAGCCGCCACGAGCGACACCGAUGAUGAGCUUGCCGAUUACUGGAGAGAUCAGCCGUCGCCAUCGUUGGGGAGGCUUCCUUCCUUGGAGUCUCGAUCAUCCCAGGGGCUGGAUAGCAGGUAUGCUCAGAUGCCGGAUGGGCGGCGCUCGCCGUUACCGGAUGGACGCCAGUCACCGCUGGCGGUGGAGACCAUGCUGAGGAACAGUGCUCGUUCAGCCUCGGUCUCAUCCUUCUUCGAGUCCUUUGACGAGACAGAUGCAGGUGAAACAACAAGGAGGAAAAGACUUAGCUCAGGGUCCGAGCUCCCUCCAAGGACAGGUCGCCUGCGUAAGAGAUCAUUAAGUAGCGCUCAACUUCCUUUCUUGAUGGACGAUCCAAGAUGGGCUAUGCAUUUCGAACAAAAUCUAGGCAGCAGCAUCGAGCUAUCCGGGUCAGAGUCAUCUAUAGCCAUUGUUCCAUCUAAACCAGUGCUUUCCAAGAGAGAAAGUGUUAUAUCUAUUACUUCCACGGCUGAUAGUUCUAGUAUGUACCUUGCUGAUGAAAGUAUAUCGGUACAGAACUUGGAUGUCAGCAGUCAAGAAGAAAGGAGAUUAUCUGGAAUCCCUCCUGGGAAAGUCUUUCAGUUUACAAGUUUUUCAUCCGAUCAGUAUGACAGCAGUACUGCAGAUGAUUUCUCUGAUGCGGGUAUGAUUGCUUCUAAUGUUCCUGAUGUAGUAUCCCAGAUCGGUGGCCAGAAACCUCAACGUAUGUAUCGUAACACCCCACAGCGGCAGAAGAGGCGAUCAUUGACAGCACCAUCGGGCAUGCAUGAUUUGCCGGAAGGACCGGAUGUCUGUAUAAAGUUUGUUGACCUCUCUGCUAAUAAUGUCUCUGACCUGACCCCGUUGGCCAGAGCACCUCACCGACUCCUCCAGGAGUUUAGGUUCCUCGAGAGGCUAGACCUCAGCGACAACGGUCUUACCGAGUUUCCUAGAGAGCUCACUGAUUGCAUGCCUGAGCUGCAGGAGUUGAAUCUAAGAUGCAACGGCAUCACCGAGCUACCCACCCAUUUGCUCAGUCUCAGCAAACUGACCCUACUUGACCUCUCCCACAACCAAAUCAAGGAUCUCAACAAGACCCGGCCGGGAGACACUGCCUUCAAGCUUGCCGAAUUGGAUCUGUCCCACAAUGCCACGGUGCGGUUCCCGUCCUGGCUCAGUAUGUUUGUGCCCUCGCUGCAGAAGCUCACACUUGCCAGCAACAAGAUCGAGACUAUUCCCAACAAACCUCUCAACCUUCAACUGUUGAAGAGCCUGGAUCUAUCUAACAACAAACUCACGACGUUGACCCCCGUCUUCCUUCACGGUUGCCUGUCGUUGGAGCAGCUCAGCGCUGCAAACAACCAGUUAGACUCUCUCCCUGGAGACCUGGACAACAUCCUUGGCAAACUGAAGGUUCUGAAGCUUGCCAAGAACCAUCUUGGCAUUCCCGAGUCACCCUUCAUCCCCAAAUUCAUCCUCCAUCUUCCAGUACUCCGAGAUAUCGAUCUGAGUGACAAUGGUAUCAUCGACUUCCCCCCUCCAUCAGAAUGGAAGAGUCAGACACUGAGGGAGAUCAUCAUCUCACACAACAAGAUCAAGAAGCUAACACUUGGUGAUAACCUAAGGAGCUGGUCAAAGCUAGAGAGAUUUAUCCUAAGCCACAAUAAACUUACCAAGGUUCCAAAGGAGCUUGGUCAGCUGACUCUAUUGGCAUCUCUUGAUCUGAGCCAUAACAAAUCUAUCACCACCAUUCCCGAUGAACUAGGUCAACUCAACAAACUCUGGGAGUUUCCCCUGGAUGGUCUGAAGUUAGACCUGGACCCGGCCAUACUGAAAGGCAGAACCAAAGACAUCAUUGGUUUCCUCAACCAGAAGUUCAAAAGGGCUGAAGCAUACAAUCGUAUGAAGCUGAUGGUCGUGGGUUACGGGGGUCGCGGGAAAUCUACCCUCUUGGCUCGGCUCCAGGGACAGAAGUUUGAAAAGAAGGGUGACAACAUUGCCACAGUUGGGGUCGUUGUCAAAGAGUGGGUCAUCCAGAUUCGUAAGAAGGACUUCUGUCUUAGUACCUGGGACUUUGCUGGCCAGGAAGAUUUCUACAGCACUCAUCCAUGCUUCUUGACAGGCAGAGCUCUCUUCUUGGUGGUGUACGACAUCAGCAGAGGACCUGAAGAGAUAACGACCCUGCGUCCAUGGUUACUGACCAUCCAGGCUCUAGCCCCAUCAUGUCCAGUUAUUGUAGUGGGUACACACAAAGACAAGAUCCCUAAAGACCAUGCAGAAGACUUCAUCACCGAUAUGCAGAUGAGAGUAUUGGACGUGUGCAGGUCACCCGGCUUUCCAGCCAUCAAGGGCUACAUCGAUCUCUCUGCCGUGACCGAGACGGGUGACAUCCAAAGACUCAAGGGAAUGAUUGAAGAUGUCAUCCUGAAUGAGAAGAUCAAAGGUCAACCCAUAUUUGGUCAGAUGAUCCCGUAUAGCUAUUUGAGACUUGAGCAGCUCCUGCAGGAGCAGGUGAAGCGAUUGAAGGGUGAAGGGAUGCCUCCUGUGAUGUUGCAUAAACAGGUUAUCAAGAUGAUCAGGGAGAAUGAUCUUCAGCUGGAUGAUAAUGAACUCUCGCAGGCGGUAAGGUUCCUCCACGAGACGGGUGUCCUGCUCCACUAUGAUGACCCCUCCCAGCAGCUAAGGAAUGUCUACUUCAUCGAGCCUCAGUGGUUAUGUAAGGUCAUGGCAAGGGUCAUCACCGUCAGGGAGAUCAAUCCUCUCGUCAGCAAAGAAGGGAUCAUGAAGGUGAAAGACAUUUCAUUGCUGUUCAAUGAUGGAGACAUACCCAAGCAACUCAUCCCCCAAUACCUCAAAUUAUUAGAAAGGUUUGAGGUGUCUCUACCGGUGAGUGAUGAUAAGAUACUGUUACCGUGCAAGGUUCCCAUCCAGAAACCAAAUAUAGCACUACCGAUAUCAGAUGCCAGGCAAGAUGUUCUCCUGCGCUACUAUGACAUGCCGUACAUCCCUCUAGGCCUGUGGUCAAGGAUGGUCCUACGUCUUUUACUCUUCUCAAAACACAUGAUGAAUGGAGAGGAGGAUCAUGCGGAGACCAUUCCCAUUUGGCACAUGCCUGUCUUGAACACACAGGGAUCUGUCACAUCUCACCAACAGUUUCGCAUGAGAUCGCACGAGGAACCCGAGACUGUGUUCUGGAGGGAAGGUAUAUAUGUCUGCUGGUCAGAGGAAGCCUUCUUCUUAAUAGAGCCAUUGAAGAAAGGGGAUACUCUCAAGAUUACAGUUCCUAAGACAAAGCAAGGUUACAGACUCCUAGGCCUGGUCAGUGAUCACCUUGAUGACCUGAUAGAGGAAUGGUUCCCUGGUCUAUGUGAGCUAGAUCCUAGACUAGGUAGACCCCUGGUCCAGAGGCUCGUACCUUGCAUUAUGUGUGACGGCCGUCCUCAUCUCCAUGAUUUGAGUGAUCUGUUGGAUCUAUCUGAGAAGAGUGAUACCAUAACAUGCCCCAACCAUCCAACUAGGAAGGUUCCCCUACAGAUUCUGGCUCCAGAUGUGACCCUUGCAGACCUGGAGGAUAAGUUUCUUCUUGAUCCUAGAAAACUCAACUUCAUUCAGAGGUCGGAGAAUUUACUAGGAGAUGGAAGCUUUGGUUCGGUGUAUAAAGCAACAUACAGAGACAAGUCUGUCGCUGUCAAGGUAUUCAGCAAGGGCGGGGAGAGUCAUCCACAUAGACUGCUACGUCAGGAGGUGACCGUUCUAAGACAUCUGCAGCAUCCGAGCCUGGUCUCGAUGGAAGGGGUAGGCCUGAAUCCCAGGAUCCUGGUCAUGGAGCUGGCUCCUUUGGGAUCCCUCAAUACUCUGUUAGCUAGCGGAAGGAUCAAAAACAGGAAUCUACAGCAUCGUAUAGCGAUGCAGGUUGCGGAGGGAUUGGCCUUUCUUCAUAAGAACAGGAUAGUGUAUCGAGAUCUGAAACCAGAUAAUGUCCUCAUCUUCUCCCUAGCUCUUGGCACCCUGCAAAAUGCAAAGAUCUCAGACUACGGCAUCUCUAGGUUUGCCACCCCCUACGGGCUGAAAUCAUCGGAAGGAACCCCAGGCUACAGAGCUCCAGAGGUCAUCAGGGGUACUAGCAACUAUAACACAGAGGUUGAUAUCUACUCGUUUGGCAUCCUUCUCUAUGAGCUGGUCUCUGAGGGGCGCCGGCCAUUUGAAGAGAUGGAGUUUAGAACAGAGAUUGAUGAGGCAGUCAUCAAGGGUCAGCAUCUUCCACCCAUAAGUCAAGGAGGAGUAGCCCCGUGGCCAGAUCUACAAGAGCUCAUUGAUCACUGUACUGAGCAUAUACCAGAAAGCAGACCAACCGCACAAGAGGCUUUUGAGAAGCUCAGUUCAGCGGAGAUGUUAUGCCUAAAGCAAGCAUCUGCCCUUCUGAGUGGAGUCAAUGUGGAAUGCCAAGCUGUCAGGACCUAUCAGAAGGAUGAUGAGGAGAGGACCGAGGUUUGGUUGGCUGGAGGAGAGAAGACCUCUACCAUGUUCUCUUGUUUCACCAUCAGAAAUUCAGAACAAGAUGCAUCAGUGCAGGGAAUGAUCAUUCAGAAGGGACGAGCCUUGUGCAUGGUGGCCAUUGGUCCAAACACCAUGCUGGUAGGAACCCAGUCCUGUGAGCUGGUCCUCAUCGAUCUCACCUCGAGCCCGUACCAAGUCAAACAUACCUUGCCUCAACUUUCCGAUGCUGUCCUCAGCCUCUCAUGGCAUGCUAAACGUAGAGAAGAUGGCAAAGUCUUUGCCGGUCUUGCCAAUGGUACUAUUGCUGUAUUUUCUGCAAAGAAAAUCAGAUCAGAUAAGGACUGCAAACCUGAUCAAUACAUCACGGUUGGAACGUACCACGAACCAGUCAAGUGCUCCUACCUGACCAAUAGCAGACUCUGGGUCGGUGUAAGAGACAGGGUCGAGGCAAUCACGCUCAAAACUCUUAAAUCGGAGGUCAAGCUGGAACAUGAUAAAAAAGAAACAUCCAAGGAUCCCAGGAAACUUGGUCUGGUGAAGAGUGUGGCGCUUGACAAAUGCCUGUGGUUGUGUCGUCAUAAUAGCAGUGUGAUAGAAGUAUGGAACACAGGCAAACAGAAGCUGAAGACAACCAUCGACAUCAAGGACUUAAUAGGUGAUCAAUUCCCGGGUGCCAGAAUAUCGGAGUUUGACGUCAAGUCCAUGAUGCUCCAGCCACGCACUGCAUUGUGGGUAGGUACAGCAGCCGGUAAGCUGGUGUUGAUCGACGUGCAUACCUACCAGCUGAUCACGGUCAUCGGAAGGCACGUCUCUGGUCUCCGCUCUAUCCUUGCUGUCAGCAAAGGUGUCGGUAAGGGUGGUGGGAAAAAUGAGUCGGUGGUUGUGACAGCGGGAAUGGGUUUUAUACCCAGACCUGGUGUACCACAUUUAACAGAGACCAACUACAGCUAUGCACUGGUGUGGGAUGCUGAACUCAAGAAUCAGGUCCGCUACCUCCAAGCCGACGCAGAGAGGCGGAAGAAGACCACCGAAGGCAACGCUAAAGGCUGGCAUAAGAGUUCCAAGUCAAUAGUUUCUCCUACCCACAUAGUCUCUCCGUCACACUCUCUCUCACCAUCUUGCACCGAUCCUGGAAGCCCAAUGUAUGGUAUCGACGUACUUCACAGACUCCAAUCUCAGAUAUCAGAAACAUACAUGUAGACACGUUCCGCCUUCUCUUGGUUGCGAAGGCCUCCUCGUUCAUCCUUGCAUGUGAUUUCAGGUCCUCGUAAACUACACAAGGCCAUGUAUGUAUUGUAUCUUCUGAAGGUUUCCAUGGCGAUGAAUGAAUCGGUACAGAGGCUGUACACGGUGCCAAGAAAAGUAUACGCUGUGUACAGUUAAGCUUCUAUUCUGAUAUAGUUUAUACUUUUAAUAUGAAUGAUAGGAUGAUUUAUUGAAAUUAUGAAUAUAAAAAUAUAUAUAUUUACAUAAUUACAUUCUAAUCCCAUUUAUAUUUUAUCACACACGCUCCCACGGAUAGGUAUGCGUUCAUGAUCCGCCUAUGGUAAGUCAAAGUAUACAUAAAUGGAAAGGAUCAGGGGCGUUGUUUUCACAAAGCAACUUGCCACAUGAUUUUUACUGGAAAAAUUGCUCUGAGCCAAUCAGGUGCAAGGAUCUCAGUAGCUUUUAACAGUCAUGAACUUCUAAUUGUUUCAUGAAAUGCCCCCAUAUAUGUUCCUUUCAACCAGCUCCAA